AUGAGUCGCUCUCCCUCCAGCGCGCAGCUGGCCUCGAAUGACAGCACGGCCCAGAAUCAUGACAGGAUAGAGUCAGCCCUGCCGCCUGUGCACCAGAUCACACCCGCGCAAACCAUGGUCUCUGCCAUGACGGGCAGUCUGAUCACCUCUCUGCUCGUCACACCACUCGAUGUCGUCCGAGUCCGACUCCAGUCACAAAAACCUCCCGUCUCCGCCGUCGAUUUCUCCAAGCUCGCCCUCACACCCCACAACCUUACACCGAUUCAAACCGCCAACCUGGGAGUCACAGCAUGCUGCCGUGAAGUCUUCUUUGCCGGAAACAACGCCGAAUUUUGUUUGGCUGCGCCGCAAAUUGAAGGCAUCACGGCCGGCAUGGCGGGCGCUCGGUCCCACGACUGUGCUGUUCAAGAAGUCGAGAAGAAGACGUACAAGUCGACCAUGGACGGCCUGCGCAAGAUUGCCCGUAACGAGGGCUUCACUACUCUGUGGCGCGGUCUGUCCCCGACUCUGGUUAUGACGAUACCCGCCAACAUCAUCUACUUUACUGGCUAUGACUACUUGCGAUUCAACCCCAGAAGCCCGCUGUCCAACCUCUCACCUGAUUACGCGCCGCUCGCUGCCGGUUCCAUUGCUCGCGUGAUUGCUGUCGCUACAGUCAACCCGAUUGAACUGUUCCGCACUCGUAUCCAGGCGUCUUCAAGCUCUGCUUCAGGUCAUUUCAUGGAGACUCUCGGCGGCAUCAAAAACAUGGUUGCCACCCAAGGGUAUACCUCGCUCUGGAGAGGAUUCAACUUGACACUCUGGAGAGACGUACCUUUUUCCAGUCUCUACUGGUGGGGAUACGAGACUCUGCGUUCCAAAUUCACGGACAUGCGUCAAGAGCGGAGGGGGCGGUCGCUGUCCUGCGACGACACCCUCUUGACCGCUCGACGCCGUUCGCAAAGCAACGAGAAACAGGUGGAAACAGUUCUUGACAGCUUUGCGGCCGGUGCCUUGUCCGGUGCGUUUGCCUCCAUUGUCACCAUGCCCUUUGAUGUUGGCAAGACGAGAACGCAGAUAUACAAUGACGGCACCGUACGAAGAACCGUCGCAGGAGCCGCCCCGGAAGAGCAACAUAUGAUUCGACUCUUGUGGCACAUCUUCAAGACUGAAGGUGCUGCCGGGCUCUGGCGCGGCUGGAUUCCCCGAACCCUCAAGGUUGCCCCGGCUUGCGCCAUCAUGAUUAGUAGCUACGAAGUCGGAAAGCGAGCUUUCCAAUCCAUCAACGAGCGUGCGGCGCACAAGAAACAGCAAGAGCUGGGCCGAUGA